AUUCUGUAUCAGAAGUGGUGUCUCUGUGCUGCUACGGGCGGAUGGUCCACGUUCUUGCUAGACUUCCUGGGCGGAUUCCUGGCAUAAUCCAGCCCUGCCCUUUCCCAUCCGCUCUCAGUUUUGGGGCCACCGUCGAGACAGACCCCUGGCGGAGAACAAGCACAUCUUGCAUUCAGCCACCCAUUGCUGCACAUCUGGCUGAAUCUCCAGCAAUGCUGGCUGAUUAUGCCCUGUUGGAUUUAGGGGCAGGCAGGGACUGGAGUGGCUCCAUGAAGUAUGGAAUCCAGCUCCGUAAGGAGUAAAGUCCCAGCUUUCUUAUCGGACUUGGGGAAAGCAACCCUGCGAGGCAUCAGGAAAUGUCCCCGAUGUGGCACCUACAAUGGCACCCGCGGGCUGAGCUGCAAGAACAAGACCUGUGGCACCGUCUUCCGCUACGGCACACGGAAGCAGGCUGGCAUCGAUGCCGUCAAGAUAAUCACCGGAUCGGACCUGCAGAUCUACUCAGUGCGGCAGAGGGACAGGGGGCCAGAUUGCCGGUGCUUUGUGGAGCUGGGGGUUUCAGAGACCACCAUCCAGACGGUCGACGGGACCAUCAUCACGCAGCUCAGCUCCGGGCGCUGCUACGUCCCCUCGUGCUUGAAGGCAGCCACGCAGGGGGUGGUGGAGAACCAGUGCCAGCACAUCAAGCUGGCGGUGAACUGCCAAGCAGAGGCCACCCCGCUGACGCUGAAAAGCUCCGUCCUGAACUCGAUGCAGGCCUCGCCAGAAACAAAGCAGACCAUCUGGCAGCUGGCUACGGAGCCCACGGGGCCACUGGUCCAGAGGAUCACCAAAAACAUUCUUGUCGUGAAGUGCAAAGCCAGCCAGAAGCACAGCCUAGGCUACCUCCACGCCUCCUUUGCUCACAAGGCGGGCCAGAAGGCCGUGGCGGAGCACCGCUUCUUCUGCUCUUGCCAGUCCUUGAAGUCCAGCAAGGCCAGCUCUGCCAAGGAAGAGUCGGGCCAGAAAUGCAUCCACUACUUCGCCUGCAUCUGUGCCUUUGCCAGCGACGAAGCGCUCUCGCAGGAAUUUGCACAUUUCCUCACCUACGAUGCCAGCGGCUUGAAACCGUUAAUCGGAGCCCAGCAGGUUUGCCCACCUGAGUCUGCUCUGCAUUCUGGCGAGGCUGCUGCCCCCAAAGCCAAGAGGAGGAAAAAAGAGGACGUGCCGGGAAUGCAGGCAAGCAGCCCACUUUUGUCUCAAGACCUGGCAAGCAACAACCUGAGGAAAAGCGGACUCAAGAAGGUGUCUGUCGCUUCACUUAAAAGGCAAGCUUGUAGCCAACUGCUUGAUGAAUCCCAGGUGACUUUGUCCUUCCAGGAGUGGCUGGCCAGCGUCACGGAGCGCAUCCAUCAAGCCAUGCACUACCAGUUUGAUGGCAAACCGGAGCCACUCGUGUUCCACAUACCCCAGGCUUUCUUUGAGGCCCUGCAGCAGAGGAUCUCUGUUGGGAGCGUCAAGAAGCGACUGCCCAAUUCGACCACAGCUUUUGUCCGGAAAGACGCCUUGCCCCUGGGGACCUUUUCCAAAUAUUCAUGGCACAUCACCAACAUCUUGCAGGUCAAACAGAUCUUUGAUACACCCGAGAUGCCCUUGGAAAUAACACGCAGCUUUAUCCAGAACCAGGAUGGCACUUAUGAACCCUUUAAGUGCCCCAAAGUCGAGGUGGAGAGCAUCCCGGAGACCUACGGACGCCUGGAGAAGCAGCCGGUUCUCCGGCCCUUGGAGCUGAAAACCUUCUUGAAAGUGGGCAACAUGUCCCCUGAUCAGAAGGAGCCGACCCCUUUCAUUGUGGAGUGGAUCCCGGAAAUCCUACCCCAGUCCAAGAUUGGCGAGCUGAGGAUUAAGUUUGAAUACGGCCAUUACCGGAACGGGCACGCCACCGAGUACCAAGAGCCGCGCCCAUCCCUCGAACAGGCACUGGAGCUCAUGCCGCUCACCACCAUCACCUUCCCUUGAACUCGUCGUGCGUUGUGUGCACAGCUCGGUUUGCACAGCCCCAGCCCCAGCCCCUGGCUGCUCAGCUGUUGCCAGGAUCGACCCGGGGAGCUUGCCAGAGGCCGCUGGAGCCCAAGUGUAGCUUUGCUAUCGAGGACCCACUUUUUUGUUCUUAAGCAACCGCAUCGGCCACUGUAGAAACAUCACUCUCUUCCCACCGAACAGCAUAUGAUAUUCAUGCAGCGUUCUCUGUUUCUACCCUGAGACCUUUGGUAGCUCCAUGGCUGUAAAAUAGACCAACUCUUUACAACUAGCGGGUGGGAGAGAGGCAAGCUGUCUUAACUAGCUACCACCCCUUUACUGGCAUAUUUUACAGUAUAUUUUUAAAAAUAAAUUAAAUUGACGUGA